GAGAGAGAGAGAGAGAGAUUGAGGGGGAGAGCGAGAUAUUUUAAAACGGGUGAGAGCGGGCUCCAUCUCUUACCACUAUCCCAAGUUACAAAGGGGACUUUUGUGCGGAUUUAUCGAAGAUGACCUCAAGACUUGCACCCUGGUCUAUUGGUAUACAUCUGCUCCUGUGGUAUUGCCGACUGUCGACUGCAUAUGAACCUCUGGACGAGCGUGGUUCCCAGGUACAGCUGGACCUGACAGAGCUGAUUGGCGUCCCCCUCCCCCCCUCUGUCUCCUUCAUCACCGGCUACGAGGGUUACCCCGCCUACAGCUUCGGCCCGGACGCCAACGUGGGCCGCCUGGCCCGCUCCUUCCUCCCCGACCCCUUCUACCGCGACUUCGCUGUCACGGUGACGGCCAAGCCACCAGCACGGCAGCGCGGCGGCGUCCUCUUCGCCAUCACCGACGCCCUCCAGCGGCUGGUGCACCUGGGCGUGGCGCUGUCUGCGGUGGAGGAUGGAGCACAGAGGGUGGUGCUGUACUACAGCGACCCGGGCGAAGAGAGCACCCGCGAGGCCGCCUCCUUCAAGCUGGGGGAGCUGACGGGCCGCUGGGCUCGGUUCACGGUGACGGUGCAGGGCUCCGAGGUGCGGCUCUACAUGGACUGUGAGGAGUAUCACCGCGUGGCCUUCCGGAGGAGCGCGGCGCCGCUGAGCUUCCAGCCCAGCUCGGGGAUCUUCGUGGGGAAUGCCGGAGGCACCGGGCUGGACAGGUUUGUGGGUUCCAUCCAGCAGCUGGUGUUGAAGUCUGACCCUACAGCCCCUGAGGACCAGUGUGAGGAGGACGACCCCUACGCAUCAGGGUAUGGGAGUGGAGACGAUUCUUAUGACGACAUGGAGGGGAUGGACGAAGUGAAGAAGUUGGUGGAGGAGAGAGCAUACACCAUGCCUGACGACCCUCAGAGCAGCCCAGUACAAGCCCCUCCCACGGAGCCGUCACCUAGCAACGAUGAUGAGGAUGUGGGGGAUACCUCUGGUCAGGGCGUUGCCAUGACAGCUGACAGAGGACCUAGUCACACGGCCGGCGCUGCCUACAGACCCCCCCUGCAGGUAACCCCUGGGCAAAAGGGAGAACGUGGUGAACCAGGACCUGCAGGGCCCCCCGGUCUCCCAGGCCCCCCCCAGGAGACCCCAGGCAAGGGGGCCGGAGGGGACCCUGGCCCCCGGGGACCCUCGGGAGCAGCUGGACCAGCAGGGCAGCCUGGGACGUCAGGAAGAGAUGGGCAGCCUGGUCACCCCGGUGUCCAGGGAUUCCCAGGUCUUCCAGGAGAUCCCGGGCUGAAAGGAGACAAGGGCGACCCUGGCGUGGGGCUCCCCGGACCGCCCGGACCUCCCGGACCUUCUGGACGGAAGUCCCGGCUCCCGGAUGGCGUUGAUGGUUCGGGGUACGAGGACUUUGACAGCGACAUGGAGACGAUCUCAGGUCCUCCUGGCCCCCCAGGCCCCCCGGGCCCCCCGGGCCCCCAUCUGCCCGCCCUGCCUGGACCCCCAGGGUCCCCUGGAAAAGAUGGGGGGGUUGGUAAACCUGGUCUCCCUGGGGUGGAUGGCAGAGAUGGAGGUCCUGGCGCUGACGGGGUGAAAGGAGACAAGGGUGAACCAGGAGUGAUGGGGUCACAAGGACAGAAGGGUGAGCCAGGCCCAGCAGGGUUCCCAGGUGUUCCAGGCUCAGAAGGCCCAGAAGGGAGGCCUGGCCUCCCUGGCCCCCCAUGUCCCCCGGGCCCCCCUGGUCCCCCGGGCCCCCCUGGACGGUGGUCCAGCUUGGAUCUGGAGGACCUGGAGGGCUCUGGCACAGACUGGUCGGGCUUGUCUCCCAGACUAACAACGGAGUCCCGGGGAACACCUGGGCUUCCUGGGCCGAAGGGGAAAGACGGUCUGGAUGGAAAACCAGGUGCAUCCGUCAAGGGGGAUCCAGGAGCACCAGGGCCUCCCGGCUUCCCAGGGCUGGAUGGACUGCCUGGGACAUCGGGGGUGAAAGGAGACAUGGGUGCUGCAGGACCACAGGGGGAGAGAGGCCGGGACGGGCUGAGUUUCCCUGGACCCCCCGGGCCGCCUGGCCCCCCAGGACCUGUCAUCAACCUGCAGGAGCUCCUGCUCAACAACACGGACGGUGUGUUUAACAUCUCAGGACUCUUGGAGGCUCAGGGGCCCCUGCAGGGGUCACAGGGUCAGAAGGGAGACAUUGGGAUUCCUGGGCCUCAAGGACCUCUGGGGUUAAAGGGUGAGAGGGGCGAGCCGGGGGUUGUCAUGGUAGCAGAUGGAUCCUCCAUGUCAGGACUCAGAGGGCCAGAGGGCGCCAAAGGAAACAAGGGAGACGGUGGUGUUGCCGGGCCGACGGGGGCAAGGGGCCAUGCGGGGCCAGCUGGACCCAAGGGAGAGUUUGGUUUCCCUGGGCGACCGGGCCGUGUUGGAGUCACUGGGCCAAAAGGAGAGAAGGGAGACAGCGGGGGUCUACAGGGCCUCCCUGGCAUCCCAGGCCCCCCAGGUCGCCCAGGAAUGUUCAACUGCCCCAAAGGAACUGUGUUCCCCAUCCCUCCCAGACCUCACUGCAAGAAGGGCAUUAACCGUGAUGGAAACGUCACAAGUGGGGGCAGCGACUGUCUAUCAGGGAGUAAAGGAGAAAAGGGAGAGAGAGGCCUGCCAGGACUUCCAGCCCCAACCAUUACACAUCUACCUGACGGAUCUGUGGUCAGCAGAGGUGAGCCAGGUAUGAAGGGGGAGAAGGGGGAGGCGGGGUCACUGGGCCUGUCUGGUGCUCCUGGUCACUCUGGGCUGACGGGUCCCAAAGGAGACUCCGUGAUGGGCCCCCCGGGCAUCCCAGGGGCCCCUGGUCUUCCUGGGUACGGCAGAUCUGGGUUCCGGGGGCCCCCUGGCCCACCGGGCCCCCCUGGACGCUCAUCAGUCGCUGGGCUUCCUGGUCCGCCUGGCCCAGCUGGACAACCUGGACGUCCAGGCUCCUUUGACGGUUCUAGUCCUGUGAGGACGUUCCCCUCCAGGGAGGCGAUGAUGGUGCAGACGGGCCAGGACAGGCCCGGGGUGCUGAGCCUGGUGGAGGGGAGCUCCUCCAGGCUCUACAUCAAGGUUCCCCGGGGCUGGAAGGAGGUCCAGCUUGGGAACCUGAUCCUACCCUUCACCAACCAGAUACAGCAAGAUCAGACCCGACCCCUGCCCAGCCUACUCGCCCGGCGGAUCACUGACCCGCAGCAAAGGCUGCUGCUGGUGGCCCUCAACCAGCCCCACACCGGGGACAUGGGCGGAGCCUACCAGUCUGACCGCAGGUGCCAGGAGCAGGGCCGAGCCAUGGGCCUGACACAGCACUUCUACAGCUUCCUGUCCACCGGGGCUCAAGAUCUGGCCCACCGCAUCCUCCCCCUCUACAGCCACCUGCCCAUCACCAACCUCAGGGGGGAUGUUUUGUUCAGCAAUGGGAAGCAGUUGUUUAACGGUGAUGGAGGGAUUUUACCCAGAGUACCUAUUUACUCCUUCGAUGGGAGGGAUGUUCUGACUGACCCUUUCUGGCCCAGUAAGAGUGUGUGGCACGGCUCCACGAGGGCAGGGCAGCACGUUCAGGACCGGAGCUGUGAGGCGUGGCGCGCGGACGACAUGUCCGUCGCUGGGCUGUCGUCUGACCUCCUCAGCGAGCGCCUGCUGGGUCAGGAGACACGCAGCUGCUCCAACUCCUUCAUCGUCCUCUGUCUCGAGGUGUACAAGAUGUGACCGCUGAAGACCGCCAAACACCGCUGAAGACCGCCAAAGACCGUUCCAGAUCGAUCCGGAUCUUUCCUUCAUCCUCUUCUCACCUUCAGCACUCGGCAAAGGUGUCUAUAUGUACAUUACCUGGAGAUAAUGUUACAAACUACAUCUUGUAAUUUAUUGGACUGAGAAGGGGCUGAGUGGGGGAUAUCUGGGCCUCUCACUGCCUGUCCCGUAGCAAUGUCACACAUGACAGUUCAGAUUGUCGCCCCGUAGUUAACAGGUGUACUUUUGCCUUUGGUUUUGUUUACAAGUUGUCCAAUUUUGUUCAUCCAAAUCCAAACAUACGUUUAAUCAGUUAACUGAGGUCCAGCACCACACCACAACAUCUCGUUCUCAGUUACAACUAUGGAAACCAGUAUUGCCACCAGAGUAAUUUUUGAUGCACUGUAUUUAAAUUUUGAUAUUUACAUUCACAUCCUUUUCUGUUAGCUUUUUGUACAUCGAUAUCUUUUUCGUUUAGCCAGUUAUUUCUUUUAAUAGGCUAUUUAAUUUAAGUUCAAUGUUUUAUUUAUACCGUGACCGCACAUAAAGUGAUGAAUCAAAUGAUUAAAAGUUAAAGUAUGUAAUUUAUAGUUGUUUGUCAUGUGACUGUUUCACUCUCCUGAGUCUUCUUAUUGUCUGUACAGCAAUCUUUUUUAUUUCUUUUUAUUGAUGUUGAAAAGUUACAGAACGGAAAGAAUGACAGCAUAAAAAAUCUCCAUUAACAGAUUUUAGUUAAACAUAGGCAAUGAAUCCAAACAAAAAUUCACAGCUCUGCUGUGAUACAACAGAAUUUUUGAAAACGUGAGUUUAUGCGUUAUAAAAUAUGAUUGACUGAAUAAAUAAAAUGUUUCCUUUUUCAUAA